AUUGUUUUCCUUGUUUGUUGGACAAUAGAGAUAGGGAGAGAGAGAGAGAAAGUAGAGAAAAAAGAGGGUUAUGUUUUGUGUGUGCUAAAAAGCAAAUCAAAUCCAAACAACAACAAAGCUUAUAAAAACUCUUCAGCUAGCUUCAUUUUUCAGCUCUCUUAAUUAAGUAAAGUGAAAAAACUCUUCUCUCGUUCUUCCUCGUUUUCUUCGCCAAACUCAUUUCAAUCUCACAACAACAAUGGGAGACGAGAAGAAGCUCAAGCCCGUUGUCUCUGGUGUCUGGCCCACCGUUAAGCCUUUUGUCAAUGGUGGUGCCUCCGGCAUGCUUGCUACCUGUGUCAUUCAACCCAUCGAUAUGAUCAAGGUCAGGAUUCAACUAGGUCAAGGAUCUGCUGCAUCAGUCACAUCCACUAUGCUCAAGAAUGAGGGUGUUGCUGCCUUCUAUAAGGGUCUAUCAGCUGGGUUACUCAGGCAGGCUACAUACACCACUGCCCGACUUGGAACAUUUCGAAUCUUGACAAAUAAAGCAAUUGAGGCUAAUGAUGGCAAGCCCCUGCCACUUUACCAAAAAGCUCUGUGUGGGCUGACUGCCGGUGCUAUUGGAGCAACUGUUGGUAGUCCAGCAGAUUUGGCACUCAUUCGUAUGCAGGCUGAUGCAACAUUACCUCUUGCUCAGCGCCGGAAUUAUACAAACGCCUUCCAGGCACUUUACCGUAUUGCUGCAGAUGAAGGGGUUCUGUCACUUUGGAAAGGUGCUGGGCCUACUGUAGUGAGAGCCAUGGCAUUGAACAUGGGGAUGCUUGCAUCUUAUGAUCAAAGUGUCGAGUUCUUCAAGGAUACCGUUGGUCUAGGUGAAGCUACUACUGUGGUUGGUGCAAGUACUGUAUCUGGAUUUUUUGCAGCAGCUUGUAGUUUGCCAUUUGACUAUGUGAAGACCCAGAUUCAGAAGAUGCAACCUGAUGCUGAAGGAAAAUAUCCAUACACUGGCUCUCUUGACUGUGCUGCCAAAACCCUUAAAGCAGGAGGACCCUUAAAAUUUUACACUGGAUUCCCUGUCUAUUGUGUCAGGAUUGCUCCUCAUGUCAUGAUGACAUGGAUCUUCCUCAACCAGCUUCAGAAAUUGGAGAAAAAAUACGGGUUGUAGGUGAUGGCCAAGCAUUUUCUGUUGAAUUCAAGCUUUGAGCAUUGAAUAAUUUGUUGGCUGUGUUGUGGCCCUUUUUGGAAAUUGUUUAUCGAUGGAUCUGAUCAUUUUUUUAAGAUUUAAAUAGUCAUGCAACUCAAGCAGGAAAUUUAACUUACAUUACAUUGUAUCAGUAAUAUAUAGGUUUGGAUGCUGCUGGAGCAUUGUAGUAGUAGUAUAAAUCCCAUUUUUGAAUGGAGAUACUUCCGGAUAUUUCUUGAACCAGAAUAAUACUAUAUCUCAGGCAUCUUUGAUAUCAACAACUUUUGUAUUUUAUUUUCCUUCA